CCCACGACUGUCGCAAGUUGGACAGUGUACCUCCAGUAGUGAGGAAGAGUAAACAUCAGUGUGUUCAGACAGCAGCCCCGCAGCUGAAGGUGCACACGGCUCGAGAUGUUUCUGUGUUUAUAGCCGGUUGACAUGAGCUGGUCCCGGGCCGUGACGCGCACAUCAUGGACUUCAACAGGACGGUCUUGGUGACUGGAGGCUCCGGAUUCAUUGGCUCCCAUCUAGUGUGUUCACUAGUCAGAAGACAUCCUGACUGGAAAAUCAUCAAUCUGGAUAAUUUGGACUACUGCUGCAGCCCCAGGAGUCUGGAGAGUGUUGAAGAUGGAGCGAACUACACCUUUAUCAGGGGAGACGUGUGCAACCCGCGGCUGCUCAACCACAUCUUCAACACAGAAAACAUCGACGUCGUCUUCCACUUGGCGGCCAAAACGCACGUCGAGGCGUCCUUUGUGUCUCCGUCCAGCUUCCGGCGGGUGAACAUCGACGGGACGCGGGUCGUGCUGGCGGCCGCCCGUCAGGCCCGACACCGACUGCAGCGCUUCAUCUACGUCAGCACCGAUGAAGUCUACGGAGCCAGUCUGGACGAGGUGUUUGAUGAGAGCAGUCCAAUGAGGCCCUCCAACCCGUAUUCUGCUACCAAGGCAGCGGCCGAAUACCUCGUCAAAUCUUACUGGGACAAAUACAAGUUUCCCAUCAUCAUCACCAGGAGCAACAACGUCUACGGGCCCAGGCAGUUCACUGAGAAGGUCAUUCCCAGAUUUCUAAAUCUCUUGAAAAUGAACAAGAAAUGCACCAUCCACGGAACGCUCCCCAAAUCCCGGCACUUCCUGUUUGUUGACGACGUCAUCGAGGCUUUCCUGACAGUUCUGGAAAAGGGGAUUGUGGGAGAAGUCUACAACGUGGGGACAAGCUAUGAGAUUCCCAUCGUGCAGCUGGCCAGGGAGCUGAUCAAGAUGGUAAAGAAUGUGCCUGACUCUGAACUGAACGACUGGCUUGAGUUUGUACCUGACAGGCCGCGAGUGGAUCUGCGUUAUCCCAUCAGUUGUGAGAAGCUGCAGCAGCUGGGAUGGAGGGCCGAGGUGUCCUGGGCUGAGGGCAUCAGACAGACUGUCAAGUGGUACCAGGACAAUCCGGACUUCUGGGCGGAUACAUCAGAAGUUCGAGGACCAAUCGGCAGCAAGUUUGAAAGUGCUACCGACCAAUGAGGAGCCUCAGCUGCUCCUAGCAAUUUGACUGACUUUUUUUUUUUUUUUUCCUCUCAGGCGGUUUCUCUUAAUUAUUGGAGCAAGUCUGGAAGUUGCAAACCUUGCAAGUUGCAAGAACCGUGAGGUGCAGAGAUUACUAACAAAGAAAAAUCAGUGCAUUAAUGUUCAUGCAGUACAUAACGUGUGGACGACAGCCAAACUGAUGCCGGUCUCCACAUUAUCCUUGGGCCACAAGGUCUUGGACUGCUGGGCAACAUGAUGGCAGAUUUUCCCUAAAACCUGCUUCUAACAAUUCAGCAUUUCAGCUGGAACUGAAUGCACUUAGGUCUCAGCGCUGAUUUGAAUUCAGCUGAGAAAGUGUCUUUUUUUUUUUUUUUUUUUUUAAGUUUGUUUUGUUUGUCCAGUCUUAAGCGUUCAAAGUCGGAAGUCAGCAAUUCCCAGCAGGCAGGUUGUUAUUCCAACUUCUAUGCAUUCCAGUCAUCCAGCUCAGAAAAGAAAAAGCAGGGAAGAAAAACAGACAUCAGUGCAACUUUGCUUAGCCGACACAAAAUCUUACCCUGCAAGAAUUUAUUUAUUUUUAAAGGUGCACGCUCCAUCAGUUGUUAGUAACUGUGGUGCAGCUUAUUUAAAUAUUAUAAAUAUAACCAUUUACCACAGACGUAUUAUAGAAGAAACACUGUGCAAUGCCAAAAAAAAUCUGAUUUUGAGUGCAUUUUGAGGAUUAUAAAGGUAAAAGUAGCACAGUGAAGUGUCCACGGUUUAUGUCACCAUGUUGACAUGACGUCACAUAACUGCAUCUGAUAAAACUCGGGUGGUUAAGACGUCUUUUGUGUUUCCUACUUGGGAUUCCAACAUGAAGGGCUAUUCUACUCCGUUUUCCCUGGUAGGAAGUCACAAUGUCUGUGGGCUGUAGCGUUAAUAUAAUCUGUGAAAAAUCAUGUACACUUUCAGAGAGCUAUAUUGGUGAUCGGGGAUAAUAAGAGCAAAUAAAAGUGAAUGGUAGUUGAACUGGUCAGCUCCCAGUUGGAAUACAUGGGGGAAGUAGGGAAUUGCAGCCAAAUUUAUUUUCAGAGUCCAGUCAGUUUAUAUUGUUUUUGUAUUUAAUCCAAAGAGAAGUUUUUCAUACAACACUGUAAGAAAGUAUUUAACUGGAAAUAAACAAUUUCACAGUGACUUUGA